AUGUCGAAAAAAUAUUUAUUUUAUUAUGUUAUGCUAAUUGUGAAUUUUCAAGUAAAUUCACAAUACUGUCAGCGAUUAUAUGAAGUAUAUCACAAUUCGUCAAACAAAGUGCAAAGACAUGUGCGCAUAGACAAGCAAGAGUAUGAAGUGAUUGUAUCUGGAGGCGGCGGGGCUGCGCGCGCUUCAGCUGCCUUAUUACUCGCUGUAUUGCGAAACAUACUUUUAUACACAGCACGUUUGGAUCCAGUACAUCGUAACGUUUGCGAGCUUAUGACUAAAUCACUUGCGCUAGCCCCCGCUGCGAUAUUGAAUCAUGAGGAUUGCGGUAUUGGUAGUAAUAUCGAUCGUAUAACGUCUUUAUCAAGACCAGCCCUACCCGUUAACUUACACUUCAUGGCACGACUUUCAACCACGAGUAGCUGUAUAAUAGAAUCUUGGACCUUUCUCAAAAACAUCAGCGCAUUAACAUGUGGCUUUUUAACCACGAAAUAUUUCAAUUCAGAAGAAUCACAGAGGAAGUUUUCAAAACAGUGCAAUGAGUCACCAUGUAUAGUAGUACUGGCGAGAAACGAAAGCAGUUAUGAUAGCGAAAUCCUACAAGAAUUUGAGAAACGAGCUAGUAAUGCUGAACUAAAUGUUGCAAUAAUCAUUUUUGACACCGAUACAAGCUUCAGACGUGAAGUGUUUACCCUAUACAAUUCUAAUAGAACAUAUCUCUUCAUAGAUGAGAAUAUAUGGAUUAAUGAUCCUGAUGUCGUACAGUUAGAAUUUCCACCAUGUCCUAGAGCAGAUACUAAGUGUCUAUCUGGUUUAAUUGUUAAUGCUCCUAAAGCUAUACUAAUUGGAGAUGGAGAAGAUGUCAAAGACUAUGCACCGCCUAUUUAUAAGUUGAUGAAUGAAUUCUCUCCAAAACCCGAACACAUCAAGGACGUGCUUUUAAAAGAGUUAGAUGCACACAACAUUGAGGAGGCGGCUUGUUUCUGGGCAUUAAAUAAUAAAAUCGAAUUUGAACAAUGGUUUAAAGUUAAAGAAAAGAAAUUGCCUCCCGAAUACGUAAUAAACUUAAUCACGUGCAAGAAUGAUUCAUAUAUAGAUUUGUAUAGGAAGGUGUGUGUAGUCGUAAACAUACAUUUUCUUUGGAGGGAUAUAAAAGAAUUGGACUACAGAAUAAAUGAGAUGCCUUUAAAUUGUACUAACAAACAUGAGCUCCAAAUUGCUGUAUCAAGUAAACAAAAGGAUUUGGCGGGCUAUAUCGUGUUUGGUUGGCACCCAGGAUUGGCGGGAGGUUCUAAUACAGCUCAAUAUACACAAAUUCCUUUAAUGGUGGCGGGUCCAGCCAAAGAUUCUCUUCUAGGGGAGUCAACAUACGGAACAUCAGGCAAAUUGACAGACUUAGCACGAGGGUAUAGACACUUCUUGUCUCAGUGUGGAUGGUCUCGCGUGGCUAUCGUUUCUGACGACACCGAAUACUCUAAAUCUUUUGCUGAAGCGAUUGUUAGUGGGAGAAAUCUUAAUUAUGUCCAAGUUACUGUAAGUGAAGAUACUAUAUCUUGGGGGCUAAGGGAGUUGAAAUCUUAUGACGCUAGAAUAAUUAUAGUAAAUACUGACUGUGUAUUAGCCGAUGCAAUACUUUCGAAAGUAGUGAAGGUAUUCUCACCCUUGACAAAUUAUGUUUGGAUUGUACGCGAUUGGUGCGUCAUGGAAAACAGAAGAAAAAUCGAAGGCUUAGUGCAUUUUACGAUAGAAUUCUCUUGGAGAGGUGGGAAGGUUUUCGGUGGUUCCGACGAUUUAAGACUAAAGUUAUCUGAAAUUCCUGGACUGAUGCAAAGAAAUAUAACAAGCGUACCUGAAAUUUCAUAUUUGGCUGACGCGUUGUUACAACUUGGUCAUGGAUUUGCAGCGUAUCGUAGACAUGACAUUAGUAGGCGCUUUGAUUUACACGGCUUCGGCACUGCACAGGACUAUUACGAAGCGAUUGGUGCAGUAAAUGUAACAGGAAUUGCACAAACCCUUAAAUUUAAUAACUUUUCAGUCCACGAGCCAUUAGUGUUUGUUGGUAGAUGGAGAGGAAAUGAACGAGAUUCGGUGGCUAUUUGGAAAUUGGUCAACACUACAGUAGUUAAAAUUUGGUCCGCAAUAAAUGACACUGAUUCGUGUUAUUCAAUACUUGGCUUCACGAAAAUAUCAGAUAGUGACAAUUGUAUUGUACGCAGUGGUAAUGAUUUUACACCACGAUGUCACGAUGCUUUCAUUUUAAUAAUGAUCACAAGUGUUUUACUUAUAUGUAUAGCAAUUUAUGUAGCACAAAGAAUGAGACAAAAACGACUUUUAGCUGAAAACGAGGCGUUAGUGGCUAGACUACUUGAAAGCCGUCAAGAAAAAGCGUCCGCGCUCAUUGGAUUCCUGGUCGACCGGGGUUCUAUCAGACUCUUACAUGAAAUAGGUUCUGGUUCCUAUGGGCGCGUGCGCUUUGCUGAACUAACACGUCCUGGUCGUGGGACCUUAGUUGUUGCAGCAAAAGAACUUCAUGAAGGCCUCCUAUCGAUGGCAGAAGAAAACGAGAUACUUAGGGAAGCUUGUGUUCUUGCUCGUUUAGAACACAACAAUGUCAUCAGGCUAAUGGGUGUUUGUCUAGUCGGCGGUCCGCCCUUGGUUUUGAUGGAGCAUGCCAUCUAUUUAGACCUGCAGCGAUAUUUAAUAGAACGGCGGCAUUUAGCAACGAAGUUGGUGUACGAUAAAGAGGCGGACUAUGAAAUGUCUGAUGAAUGCUUGACUCGGUGGGCCCGCGACGCAGCCUGUGCUUUGGAAUACUUAACAGAGCGCCGUUUAGUGCAUAGAGACAUUCGCGCUGCUAACUGCCUGAUAGAUAAAAAACGCUCUCUGAAGCUGGCAGACUUUGGAAUGGCGCGUGAGCUCGACGAAGAAGAGUCGACCUACAUGACCUGUCGUAAAGGAUUGUUUCCAGUGCUAUGGAUGGCUCCAGAGAGCCUAAAGGAAGGUGUAUUUUCACUAGCAUCAGAUAUUUGGGCUACAGGAGUGCUAUUGCUAGAGAUAGCCACAAUAGGGGCUAGGCCAUAUGGGGAUUGGCCAACGUGGCGUGUCUUGAGCCAUGUCGUUGAUGGAGGACGUCCGCCCUUGCCACCAGAUGCUUCGAUGCAAAUGCGUAAAUUACUACAAAGAUGCUGGCACAUGGACCCAUACAGACGAAUAACUGCGACAGAACUCCGAGAGUACCUGACCAACAAUCCGAAAGUUAUUUCUAUAACACUACUGUCGCCCGAACCACCUCUCAUUCCACCUUUACAAGAAGCAGACAUCAAGUUUUUGACAUAA